AUGCGGUUCUAUGGCAAGGACGCUCGAUGGUACCGCCUCGGGUCCGAGCAUGUUCUCAACGCUAUCUCGAAGGUUCCGGAAGAUGUCCCGAGCACCCUCAAAGAAGCCCUCAGAGGAGAAGAGAAAGAAUUCUGGAGAAUGGCGAUAAAGACAGAGUUGUCGACGAUAGAGGGAAAGGAUGUCCGGUCUGGGAGGAAGCAGUGUUGCCGAAAUGGAGGAAGGUCGUGGGAUACGAAAUCGAAGUUGGUCAAGCCAACGUCAAAGGGGCGUAUCCUUAAUGGCCGGCUCUAG